AUGCAGUUUUCGAAAUCUCUUCUUUUGCAUCAUGUCUUUAUAAAGACUUUCGUUUUCGGUGCAUGUCCAGACGAAGGACUGAAAGACGUCUUAUGGUGAGCUGACCUACUGCACUGUCAGUUUUUGGCUAUAUGCGAGACAGAGAAUAUCUCAUCAUUAUGUGUUUCAGAAUAUCAUAGUUGUUUGGAUGAAUGCCCAUGCGGAGAAAACUGUCCCCUUGGAUGUCUCGAUUGUCCAAACACUUUGUGUGACAACCCUUGCACCAGUUCAACCACAACAACAAUAACAACAUCUACAACAGCCUACACAACAACAAGUGAAAGCUCAUCAUUACCGGAAAAUACAUACAUUUUGGUAUUUAAAUAUCAACAAGCUUACUUGACAUCCGGUGAUGGUCUCUUUAAUGAGAUUGCAACAAUUCACUCAGACUAUGACAGAUUCGCAGAAGCGGUUGCAAGUGUGGUCAUGCAAGAUAAGCUUUACAUUUUUGGUGGAUCGAAAGGAUAUGAUGAGGGCGAAAGAAGAUAUCGAAAGAUUGGAGUUCUUGAUGCCUGUUCUUUCAUAAAAAUAAGUGCACAGCUUACUUUUGAUGCAAAUGAUGGCUCAUCGGCGGUGGCGAUCAAUGACGGGAAUAAGGCUUUGAUUUGCUUCUCUCACAGCGAGUCUCCAUAUAAUCAGUGCAAUGAAUUUGAUGGACACAAUGUUGUCGUGACUCGCAGCUCUCAAUUUUCACAUUCUUACGGGUCUCUGUCAAAUUUGAAUGGUCAUCCGACAGCGGUGAGUUGUAGACACCCCGAUGGGCAACAAAAAGUUGAAAGACUGACUGCUAAUGGUUGGCUUUCUGUUGACAAUCAUCCACACCUGAUUACCAUUGGAGGAUCUAACGAUUAUGAUGACGGUUCUGAUAACCAAAUUUACACAGGCAUUUGGCUUCUUAGUGCUGACUUUCUUUCCUGGUCGAAAAUUGGUGAUCUUCAACGGGGUCUUCAACACUCUACUUCAAUCCGCAUCGGCGACCAUGUUUAUGUUUUUGCUGGUUAUGGCGAUAAUCGGCAUGCUAAUCAACGAAUUGAUAUACAUGAAAAUACUGUAUUGCAAACUGAAAUUAUUGGGGUCCAUAGCUCCGGACUUUACCAUCCUGCGGUUUUUCAUUCUGGUCCAAAUUAUUGUACUGAAAACUAA